AUGAUGCUCAAGAUGCUGCCGUUCAAGCUGCUGCUGGUGGCCGUGGUUCUGUGCUUCUUCGAGGGGGAUGCCAAGUUUGGGGAGAGCGGCGCCCGGAGGAGAAGGUGCCUCAACGGGACCCCGCCGCGGCGGCUGAAGAAGCGCGACCGGCGGGUGCUGUCCCCGGAGGCCCCGGGCGGCGGGGAGGCGAUGUGCCGCGGCCUCUACCCCCGCCUGUCCUGCUGCUCCCGCGCUGACGCGCAGGGGCUGCUGCACGCCGAGGCGAAGAUACUUUCUGUUACCAACAACACAGAAUGUGCGAAGCUACUGGAGGAAAUCAAAUGUGCACACUGCUCACCUCACGCUCAGAAUCUAUUCCACUCACCUGAGAAAGGGGAAACACCUGAAAGAGAACUAACUCUUCCCUACCUGUGCAAAGACUAUUGUAAAGAAUUCUAUUAUACUUGCAGAGGUCACAUACCAGGUUUUCUCCGAACUACAGCUGAUGAGUUUUGCUUUUACUAUGCAAGAAGAGAUGGUGGUGUAUGCUUUCCAGAUUUUCCAAGAAAACAAGUGCGAGGGCCAGCUUCUAACUCCCUGGACCACAUGGAAGAAUACGACAAAGAGGAAGAGAUCAGCAGAAAACACAAGCACAACUGCUUCUGUAUUCAGGAGGUUGUGAGUGGACUAAGGCAGCCUGUUGGAGCAGUACAUUGUGGGGAUGGAUCCCAUCGCCUCUUUAUUCUUGAGAAAGAAGGAUAUGUGAAGAUUUUCAGUCCUGAAGGAGACAUACUCAAGGAACCUUUUUUGGAUAUACACAAGCUUGUUCAAAGUGGAAUAAAGGGAGGAGAUGAAAGAGGACUGUUAAGCCUUGCAUUCCAUCCCAAUUACAAGAAAAAUGGAAAGCUGUAUGUGUCUUAUACCACCAACCAAGAACGGUGGGCUAUUGGACCUCAUGACCACAUCCUUAGGGUCGUAGAAUACACAGUAUCCAGGAAAAAUCCACACCAAGUUGAUAUGAGAACAGCAAGAGUGUUUUUAGAAGUAGCAGAACUACAUCGAAAACACCUAGGAGGACAGCUUCUGUUUGGCCCAGAUGGUUUCCUAUACAUUUUUCUUGGAGAUGGCAUGAUCACUCUUGAUGAUAUGGAGGAGAUGGAUGGUUUAAGUGAUUUUACAGGUUCUGUAUUGCGCCUCGACGUAAAUACUGACCUGUGCAAUGUCCCUUAUUCCAUACCACGGAGCAACCCACAUUUUAAUAGCACAAACCAACCUCCUGAGAUUUUUGCACAUGGACUCCACAAUCCAGGCCGAUGUGCUGUGGACCGCCAUCCAACAGAUGUAAACAUCAAUUUAACUAUACUUUGCUCAGAUUCAAAUGGAAAGAACAGAUCUUCAGCAAGAAUCUUACAAAUAAUAAAGGGUAAAGACUAUGAAAGUGAGCCUUCACUUUUAGAAUUCAAACCAUUCAGCAGUGGAUCCUUGGUUGGUGGAUUUGUCUAUCGAGGCUGCCAGUCUGAAAGACUCUAUGGAAGUUAUGUAUUUGGAGAUCGCAAUGGAAAUUUUUUAACACUGCAACAGAGUCCUGCAACCAAACAGUGGCAAGAGAAACCCCUCUGUCUUGGCAACACUGGUUCAUGUAGAGGUUUCUUUUCAGGCCCUGUCUUGGGAUUUGGUGAAGACGAAUUAGGUGAGAUUUACAUAUUAUCAAGCAGUAAAAGUAUGACACAGCCUCACAGUGGAAAACUCUACAAGAUCAUUGACCCAAAAAGGCCUUUAGUUCCUGAAGAAUGCAAAAGAACAGCUCAGUCUGCACAGAUACUGACAUCUGAAUGCUCAAGGCACUGUCGGAAUGGGCACUGCACUCCCACAGGAAAAUGCUGCUGUAAUCAAGGCUGGGAAGGAGAGUUCUGCAGAACUGCAAAAUGUGACCCCGCCUGUCGACAUGGAGGUGUCUGUGUAAGGCCCAAUAAAUGCUUAUGUAAAAAAGGCUAUCUCGGCCCCCAGUGUGAACAAGUGGAUAGAAACAUCCGAAGAGUGACAAGGGCAGGUAUUCUUGAUCAGAUCCUAGACAUGACAUCCUAUUUGCUGGAUCUAACCAGCUAUAUUGUAUAG